UGUGUUACCCUGUCCCCUUUCCUCCCCACAGGAUCGCACCCAAACUCCUCGCCCGAGACCGUGAAGCACUCCCCUCUGGCUCUCCUGGCGGCCACUUGUAGCAGAAUCGGACACCAUCACUCAGCGGCUCCCUCGGAUUUCCUCCAGGUCUCCUAUGACCCGACCCUCGGCUCACCGUCACGGAUCUUCCACCCGUGGAGCACUGAGGGGACGGGCACUCCACCGGGCAGCCUAGCUACGGGCCAUGGCUUGGGGCUCCCCUCUCCCAAGUCGCACAUGCAGUCCUCAUUUGCGCCCCAUCACGAACUGCCUUUGACGCCUCCAGCAGAUCCCGUCUACCCCUACGAUUUCUCGCCGGUGAAGAUGUUACCUUCAUCCAUGCAGUCCCUGCAGCCGAGCUGCCCGCCCACCUACGUCCCCGCUGUGCCCUACACCGCCCCCUCUCCCAUGACUCCGGCCAUGACAGGCUUCGUGCCCGGACACUCCAGCCUGAUUCACCAGCAGCCCAGACAACUGUCUCCAAACCCGGCAGAGGAUAUACCUUGGUGGAGCCUGCAGCAGACUAAUACGGUCAGCCAUUCCUCCUCGCUGGCCCCACACCGCUUCCCGGUGCAGAGAAGCCUGGUGAUCGGACACUCGGAAUUCGCGCAGUACCAGACUCAGAUCGCCGCCCUGCUCCACACGAAGUCCCCCCUCGCUACUGCCAGGAGGUGUCGUCGGUGCAGGUGCCCGAACUGCCAGUCGUCGAGCUCCAGCGACGAGCCGGGCAAGAAGAAGCAGCACAUCUGUCACAUCCCAGGCUGCGGGAAGGUUUACGGGAAAACGUCCCACCUGAAGGCACACCUCCGGUGGCACUCCGGCGAGAGGCCGUUCGUCUGCAACUGGCUGUUUUGUGGCAAAAGUUUCACUCGCUCGGAUGAACUUCAGAGGCACCUGAGGACCCACACCGGGGAGAAGCGCUUUGUGUGUCCCGAGUGCGGCAAGCGCUUCAUGAGAAGCGACCACCUGGCCAAACACGUGAAGACACAUCAGAACAAAAAGGGCAAAGUCGGGGACAAAAGCGUCGAGCACGUCAAGAGGGAAGAUCUUCGGCCCAAUUAGCAGGUUGGGGGUGAAGGGCUUAACCGGGUCGACCCCCGCCUCAGUGCAAUAGACCCAAAAAGACACUUCCGAGGAGAUCGGGGGGAAAAGCGCCUUGCGGUGGUGAAUGGCGCUAUAUACAAUAAAAGAUGGACUCCAGUGUACAAUAUUGCACUGCGCCCACCCUCAUUCUCGGGAGCCCCCCUUUCAGGAUUCUUGAUUUGUGUGCAGUGUACAUAAUGUGACUUCUCAGACAAGUUUUCAAACUUGUGUUUCGCCCAUUGUCUUCGCUGGAAGAUUGAAGAUAUGUGUAUAUAAAUAUUUAAUAGCUUUUAUUGAAUGAAAGUCUUUCCGUUUGUCUUUCGCUCCUUGUGGGGUGUCUCGGCAUGCUUUUGGGGAAGAUGUGCCCCCUUUAAACGGACGGCUUGUGGUAAUAAAAGAGUUCUAUGUUUGAAACGCCUCCUUCCAUUCUGGUGGUCUUUCUUCUCAAGCCACCUGAAAAAAUUCAUUUAUUUACAAUAGAAAUGAUAAUCACCAUUAAAGCUAAGGGGGUCACCACUGUGAUGGCGUAGUGGUAAAGACUUUGCACUUAAAACCCUAAGGUUGCACAUUCAAAUCCCACUGCGGACACUAUGAGACCCUGAGUAAGUCACUUCACCUGCCUGUGCUCCAAUAAGAAAAGCAAAAUCAAUG